AUGGCUCUCUUCCUGCUGACCCUGGGGCUGAGCCUCGUCUCCGCCCAGGAGCUCAACCCCCAGGCCAUUGUGCAGAAGAACUAUAACAUGGCCAAGGUUUCAGGGAUCUGGUAUCCGGUGUCCAUGGCCUCCGACGACAUAAAGCGGAUCGAGGAAAACGGGGACCUGAGGGUCUUCAUCUGGAACAUCGAGAGCUUGGAGGACGGGCGUCUGAGAUUCCAUUUCCGCACCAUGGUGCACGGGGAGUGCGAACACGUGGCCAUGGUCUGCGAGAAGGCGGAGAGGGACGGGGAGCACAGCAUCAGCCGACGGGUGCCGGACCUGGGUCCCAGCUUCCUGGACAGAUUUGAAAAAGUCUGCAGAAAGUACGGACUGGGUCCGCAGAACAUCAUCAGGCUCGGCAACCAAGGCGAGCCUCCCGCCUCCUGCGCCAGCAGCCCUGGGCCAGGAGUGUUCCGGAGAGGUUUCCCCGCCGAGUGGCGGGGAGCCUUGUGGGGAGAAGCCCACCCUGUGUCAGUGUCCCGAGGCCGCUCUAGCCGGUGA